CCAAUAAGAAGUCCUAUAUGAACCUAUCAACGUGUGCCACUUGCCAUCAUUUUCCACAAAAUUCCGAAUCAUUCCCACAUCACAACACAACUCAAGUUUACACCAACUACCCCUUUUCUUCGUUUCCGUUUUCUUCUCAAAUUGUUCCUAUUUUCACUGUGAUUCACCCCACCAAAUUAUGUGUUUCUCUCUGCACUUGCCAACCCCGAAUUCAUAGGGUCUCUCUCUUCUUAUUUUCAGGUUUUGGUUUGAAGAAUGGGGAUUCAGACAGUGGGAUCUCUAGGUAACGGGCAACAGUCUCAUUUACAGCCUUCAUCAUUGUCUAGGCAAGGUUCAUGGUAUAGUCUCACUCUUGAUGAGGUCAAUUGUCAAUUAGGAGACAUGGGAAAGCCAUUGGGGAGCAUGAACCUUGAUGAGCUUCUUCAAAAUGUGUGGACUGCUGAAGCAAGCAAGUCUUCGGUGGUGGUAGGCGUGGAGAGUGAGAACAUGUCGUCAUCGUCUUCCUCGCUGCAACGGCAGGCCAGCUUGACGCUGGCUCGUGCAUUGAGUGGGAAGACGGUGGAUGAUGUGUGGAGGGAAAUUCAGCAAGGUCAGAAGAAAAAGUAUGGAGAGGAUGUGAGGAGUCAGGAGGGAGAAAUGACUCUUGGUGAGACCACCUUGGAGGAUUUCUUGGUGCAAGCAGGGCUUUUUGCUGAAGCUUCUAUCAGUCCAGCUGUGGGGUUGGAUGCAAUGGAUUCCCUUGCCACGCAAGGUUUCCAACAGAAAACAGGCCUGUUAUCAUCCUCCCCCUCAAUCGGGAGUUUAUCAGACACGAGACUGGGCCGGAAAAGGGAUGCUUCUGAUGCGUACGAGAAAACUUUGGAAAGGAGGUUGAGGAGGAAAAUCAAGAAUAGGGAAUCUGCUGCUCGGUCCCGAGCCCGAAAACAGGCUUACCAUAAUGAACUGGUUGGCAAGGUUUCCCGUCUAGAAGAAGAAAAUGUAAAGCUCAAGAAAGAGAAGGAAUUUGAAGAACGAUUACUGCCUGAUCCAUUGCCUGAACGGAAAUAUCAACUUCGAAGACAUAAUUCUGCCUUUUUCUGACAUGUUAUCGUGUUCUUGAUUUGAUGGGGACAUGUCCAGGAUUGCAUCACUGCACUGGUCAUUGCUGUUGCUACUGCUUUGCAUUUGCUCUAGUAGGAGAGUAUGCUCCAUAUCAAUCUACAAUUAACUAACUAUAGGGUACAUAUUGCAGCAAAGGUUUGAUGUUCAUAAGUUUUAGUAGCUUUGCUUGGAAUCAGUAUCAGAAAAUAUUUGAGUCCAGUGGAAGCCCUGGAAGGGUUGUUUUUUUGUAUAAUGAUUAUCUGUGUGUACUAGGGCUAGGCAGUUAUUGAAAGGUGACCUACCAAAAAAGCUGAAGCUAGGUAAGGUAGGCAUUGCUAGCAUUUCGGAACUGCAAUAUUGUAUUAGUCUAAACUAAUAUAUGUUGAUAAGUGUUAGGGGAAAAUCCAGUUAUGAGAAUUAGUGUGCUUUGUAGCGAUAAUUUUCUAGAAAAGAUGAAAUAGCAAAAGAAAAGUUUGUUUAUUAUUA